UCCGGCAGGAAGUGACGUGUGGGACUCGGUAGACGCGGCUUCGGACUUGUUGCCACGUCGGAGUACUCCAGUGGACCUGAGUAAUUCAUUUCAAACAGAACAGGGGUAACCUUAUUUGAGGGUUUAACCGAAGUCAUGGUUUCCGUUAUUAAUACGGUGGACACCUCACACGAGGAUAUGAUCCACGACGCCCAGAUGGAUUAUUACGGGACUCGACUCGCCACCUGUUCCUCCGAUCGCACCGUCAAGAUCUUUGACGUCAGGAACGGAGGACAGAUCCUGGUGGCAGACCUCAGAGGCCAUGAAGGCCCAGUCUGGCAGGUAGCGUGGGCUCACCCGAUGUUCGGCAAUAUUCUGGCCUCUUGCUCUUAUGAUCGUAAAGUCAUCGUCUGGAAGGAGGAGAACGGCGCCUGGGACAAGAUGUACGAGUACACCGGACACGAGUCGUCAGUGAACUCGGUCUGCUGGGGUCCCUACGAGUUUGGGUUAAUCCUGGCCUGCGGCAGCUCAGACGGAGCGAUUUCUCUUCUCACGCUUACCGGAGAUCAGCAGUGGGACAUCAAGAAGAUCAGCAACGCACACACUAUCGGCUGUAACGCGGUGAGUUGGGCUCCUGCUGUCGUUCCAGGCAGCCUGAUUGAUCAGCCGUCAGGACAGAAACCAAACUACGUCAAACGCUUUGUCUCCGGAGGCUGUGACAACCUGGUCAAACUCUGGAAAGAGGAAGACGGCCAGUGGAAGGAGGAUCAGAAGCUGGAGGCGCACAGUGACUGGGUGAGAGACGUCGGCUGGGCUCCUUCCAUCGGGCUUCCCACCAGCACCAUCGCCAGCUGCUCCCAGGAUGGUCGUGUGUUUAUUUGGACGUGCGAGGACCCCACAGGCAACACGUGGACGGCCAAACUGCUCCACAAGUUCAACGAUGUGGUUUGGCACGUCAGCUGGUCCAUCACCGGAAACAUCCUGGCUGUUUCUGGUGGAGACAACAAGGUGACGCUGUGGAAGGAGUCCAUGGACGGACAGUGGGCGUGUAUUAGUGACGUCAGCAAAGGCCAGGGCGCCGUCUCCACCAUCACAGACACGCAGCAGAACGAGCAGUGACAAAACCGGACUUUUUGACCCCGAAUCUUAAGAUUAACAAAGAUGUUGGACAUUUGGACAAAUGUUGUCCAGAGUGAUGGAGCUCAGACUGUAAUCUGAGUGUUGGACAUAUUCCACCAUUUUUUUUCUUUAGUAUUUUCAACAGAAGAAUCAUUUUCAGUUUAAACAAAUGUUUGUUUUUUCUCGUUUUGAUGCUCAGAAUCCAAACAAUAAGUUUUUUUUAAAUAAAAAUGAACACCCCCUUUUUUGUUUUAGUUUGUCCUGCUAAAAACUCCAACUUCCUCAAUCUGGUUUAAAUGAAACGUUUUGUUUACUUUUCUGUGGCGCUCCAUUCUGCAAACAUUUCACCUCCACAAGCAUGAAAGAUCCCAGCAUUUUAUAUGGAAAAAUCUGGUUUGCCCAAAAGUUGUUUAAACUCAAAGGAUUAAUAACUUUAAGCAUCAUUUAGAUGUUUUUUUUGGAACAUUUUGAUGCAUUUUAUCAUAAGUCAGAGGAAAAAUUACACAACUUUCCAGGUUUAAACUAAAAAAGUGAUUAAUGAUUGAUUAUUCCUCACUUCUCUGCAGGUAAAAUAAAAACCAGCUUUAAUCAGCUACAGAGGAAAAAAAGGUAACCAUGAAUAGAAAAUCAAAAGCAGAAACCAUGAUUGUUUCAUGUUUAAUGUAAUUAAUUAAUUGUUAAUAUUAAACUUUUUUUGCAGUCAUGUUUAUUAUUCGUCUAAUAAAAAAAUGAAAUAAAAAUGUUUCUGCUGCCAGA